UCAGCAGCUGGGAAGAGAGGCCACCGCAAAAUCCACGCACAUCCACUGCUCCCUAAUUGCUUUGGGGGCAAAUUCCUAACCGUGCCUGACGUCCAGUCGAGCGGGCAGGCAUGGGCUGUUUGGGCAACAGCAAGACAACAGAAGACCAGGGCGUCGAUGAAAAGGAAAGGCGCGAGGCCAACAAAAAGAUCGAGAAGCAGUUGCAGAAGGAGCGCCUGGCUUACAAAGCGACCCACCGCCUGCUUCUACUGGGGGCUGGUGAGUCUGGGAAAAGCACUAUCGUCAAACAAAUGAGGAUCCUGCACGUCAAUGGAUUUAAUCCCGAGGAAAAGAAGCAGAAAAUCCUGGACAUCCGGAAAAAUGUUAAAGAUGCUAUCGUGACAAUUAUUUCGGCGAUGAGUACUAUAAUACCUCCAGUUCCACUGGCCAACCCAGAAAAUCAAUUUCGAUCAGACUACAUCAAGAGUAUAGCCCCUAUCACUGACUUUGAAUAUUCCCAGGAGUUCUUUGAUCAUGUGAAGAAACUUUGGGAUGAUGAAGGCGUGAAGGCGUGCUUCGAGAGGUCAAACGAAUACCAACUGAUCGACUGUGCACAAUACUUCCUGGAGAGAAUCGACAGCGUCAGCCUGGUGGACUACACCCCCACAGACCAGGACCUUCUCAGAUGCAGAGUUCUGACAUCAGGGAUUUUUGAGACCCGAUUCCAAGUGGACAAAGUGAACUUUCACAUGUUUGAUGUCGGUGGCCAGAGGGACGAGAGAAGAAAAUGGAUCCAGUGCUUUAACGACGUCACCGCCAUCAUCUACGUGGCAGCCUGCAGUAGCUACAACAUGGUGAUUCGGGAGGAUAACAACACCAACAGGCUGAGAGAGUCCCUGGACCUUUUCGAAAGCAUCUGGAACAACAGGUGGUUGCGGACCAUUUCUAUCAUCUUGUUCUUGAACAAACAAGAUAUGCUGGCAGAGAAAGUCUUGGCAGGGAAGUCAAAAAUUGAGGAUUAUUUCCCAGAGUAUGCAAAUUACACUGUUCCUGAGGAUGCGACACCAGACGCGGGAGAAGAUCCCAAAGUUACCAGAGCCAAGUUCUUUAUAAGGGAUCUGUUUUUGAGGAUCAGCACAGCGACCGGGGACGGCAAGCACUACUGCUACCCGCACUUCACCUGCGCGGUGGACACGGAGAACAUCCGCAGGGUCUUCAACGACUGCCGCGACAUCAUCCAGAGGAUGCACCUCAAGCAGUACGAACUCUUGUGAGGCGCCGGGGUGGGCCGCCUCCUGGCGCCCUCUCCCCCCGCCCUCCUGUCCACAGCCCAUUCCCAGACUGCCCGCCAGCCCCACGCCCAGUGUCUGUCCUGCUCUCUGUCGGCUCCCGGGCGUGACCACCAAGCCUCUGGCUACCUCUGCUCCCCUCAGGUUUGGUUUGAAGCUUUUGUUUUCAUGGACCAUGCCGUUCCCCACCCUCCCCAGUUUGUGUCACUGCCAACCAUCCGCUCUCACUUGGGUGACACUGCAGUGAGAUGUCUCUAGGUGGGGCCCCUUCUAUUCAUCUAGUCAGUGAUUGAUUGAUUGAUUCAUUCAUUCAUUAAAAACUUGAGAGAUGGCGGAGAAGCGCUCUUCCCCCCCAGUUAUCCAGCAGGACUGAGAUGCAGGGUGCCACGGCUCUCCAGUUCUAGCUCUAUGAAGCUGCAGGCGGACAAGUGGCCACCGCUUCUGAUCUGCAUUAGCCCAAGACUCAGGAGGCCCCAGGCCACAGAGUGGCAAGAACACCUUUUCUCAGUCAUAUUUUGAGCCUCUGCUAGCCUCAGGCAUUUGAAUUAGAGCUACUUUGAGCCUUUGCUUUUUAGGCAGAAAACCUACCACCUUCACUACUGCGAAGUGUGUCCCGUCUGAAAAUGAGUCUCUAGACCAGUGGUUCUCAACCUUCCUGAUGCCGCGACCCUUUAAUACAGUUCCUCAU